GAAAUGUUUAAAUGGUCGCUGGGUACCGACUCUCAUGACGUGCAAUUUUAACAACACAGGCCGUUUACAUCAUAGAGCCAGGACAAAUCGAAAUCACUUACUAAAUAGAGGUUUAAAAACUGCAGAUCGAAUACGUAAAAGACGAUCAUCAAGUACAUGUAUAAUACCGAAAUUGAAAGGUGGACCGUCUAAUUUCACUACUUCCGGUGGUAGUACUUCCGGUGGUAGUACCAGUCUUCAAGUCAAUGCACCUGUACAACAUGGACAUGAAGUUCUCAGGGAGUGCGUGGAUGGAGGUUUUAUGCUACUGCCAGGUGUUCUAUUUACCACGACCUUCACAUCAAAAUGUCACCAUGGAAACUGGACACCGGAAUUUCCUCGUUGCUUGAGAGAUAUAAAAGAUACUGUUUUCUAUGAUGAUAUUUUUGAAGAGACAACCAAACAAACAACUUUGCAAACAACGAACACAGAGCAAGCUACUUCUACAUCAGACACCACAACAACAACUACGCCAGACACCACAACGACAACUACACCAGACACCACAACACCAACUACAUCAUUUACCACGACACCAACUUCAUCAGUUACCACAACACCAACUACAUCAGUUACCACAACACCAACUACAUCAGUUACCACAAAGACUCCAAUACCAAACGUUGAGUACCGUAUACAUCUACAGAAGGAAGGAGAACAUUCGCAUGUAUUCCUGUUCAUAAAUGAACCCGAUCAGGGUUUUUUUGUCGAUCUUUUUGACAGUGAAUUAUCAAUACAGGCAAGAAAUGUUGGAACGAUUAGCCGGACUCGUUUUGCAAGCACCGACGACUGGGAACAUGCCUCCUUAUCUCCGCCAUCAGGUGUCAACUUUGUUUCUAUAUACAUGCAGGCUACAGGAUCGGAUACUGAUUCGGAUAAAUUCUACAUAGAAAAAUACGCUGGAGGACAAG